GCCGCCAUUUUGUUCUGCGGCGCCUGGGUAUUUAGAGGCAGCGGCGGGCGCAGCGGAGAACCGUCCGCGCAGGAACGCCGUUGUGUCGACACCGCCGCCCAAGGCCGCUGACGCCGCCCCGCCAUCUUGCCUCCUUCCCCCGGCGGCGCAGCGAGGGCCGGAAGAGCCGGAGUAGAAGCGUCAGCCCGACCCCGCCGCUCAGCAGCAGCAGCAGCAGCAACAGCAACCACCGUCCUCUUCCUCGCCCCCCUCACCCGGCUCCGCCAUGGUCGCUGCUCCGGCCGGACCCGAGUACUCCCCCUUCUUCGCCGUCAUGGGCGCCUCGGCCGCCAUGAUCUUCAGCGCCUUGGGUGCCGCCUACGGCACAGCGAAAAGCGGCACGGGCAUUGCUGCCAUGUCGGUCAUGAGGCCAGAGCUGAUCAUGAAGUCCAUCAUCCCUGUGGUCAUGGCGGGUAUCAUAGCAAUCUAUGGCUUGGUAGUGGCGGUCCUGAUUUCCAGCUCUGUGUCGUAUGACAUGUCGCUAUUCAAAAGUUCUUCUUCAGCUGGCGCUGGACUGAGCGUAGGCCUCAGCGGUUUGGCCGCUGGUUUUGCCAUUGGCAUCGUGGGUGACGCAGGCGUCCGGGGGACGGCGCAGCAGCGGUUAUUUGUGGGCAUGAUCCUGAUCUUGAUCUGCGAAGUCUUGGGGCUGUACGGCCUCAUCGUUGGCCUCAUCCUUUCCACAAAAGGGUAACGGCUGCAGAGCACGAUGGAAAAAAACAAAACAAACUUAAAAAGUUCCAGAAUUUGAAAAAAAAAAUAUGGUCUCCACAAUGUGUACAGUUGUCAUCAGUUUGGUAGUUGAUCUCUUGUAAAUUUUGCGCAAUGUAUGUGACUUGUCUGUCUUCUGUGUACUUCGAUAUGAAAAGCAACGGGGGGUCCUGCCACAAGCCUUUUCCCACAAGGCUUGGAGCGGGGAAAGCUCCUUUGCUGUUUUCCAUCCAUUUUUGCCAUUAGAGUCCUUAUGUAUAAUAUAAACUAGAACAUGGUAGCUUCCCCCCUUCUCUCUCUCCAUUGGAUGUUUUAUUUAUAUAGACUUGACAUGUUCAUACAUAAUGGAACAAGAGUUUUCAAUUUUACAUGCUCUCUCUCCUCUACACACACACAGGUAUAUAAAUAUAUAUUAAUCUCAUGCAUAGAUAGAUUACUACACUGUGGGGUUAACUGUAAGUGCAGAGAAAUCCUUGGAUGUAAUUUGAUUCUCAAUGAUUGCUGUCGUGUCCUGGUAUCAGAGUGUUGAGACUGUUUGUGUUUAUACAGAUAACAGCAAAAAAACGUCUGAGACACUCCUGUGUUCCCAAGUAGUAAAACUGUAUGCUCUGGCAUCCAAAAGUUGUGCAGCCAAUGUUGGAUUUUGCAGUAAUACGUUUCCAGGUAAUAAAAAAAUUUCCUCCACUGUA